AUGCUAGAAAACUGGGAUAAUGUUUAUAUUGAUGGAGGUCAUGAAGCGAUGACCAGAAAGAUUCCAAAUGAUAAGCUGCAAUUAAUCACGCGGAUUUCCAGACUACGCAUCCCUCUUGAGCAUAAUAUUAUGGCUUCCUUCCAGGUCUUCUUCUCCACCUUCUUCUUCUUCCUCCUUCCUCACAUAUCAUCAGCAGCUGUAAUUUGCCAAACUACAUCCUGUGAUGACAUCGUGCCCGUUAAGUUCCCUUUCCGACUGAAAAGCUCUCAAAACCGAUCGUGCGGCUAUCCGGGAUUCGAUCUCUCAUGCGACAACAUAAGCCGGACAAUCCUGUCUUUCCCGAAGUCUGGGGACUCCGUUGUCGUCCAACACAUCGACUACUCCGACCAAUCGAUAUAUAUCAGCGACCCAGACCGCUGCUUUCCCGGACGGUUCAUGCGAAACUUCACUGAUUCGGUCUCUCCUAAUUUCCUUUUCGACUCCCUUGAGAAUUUCACCUUCUUCAACUGCUCUUCUUCCAACGCGACGAUGACGUCUGAUUUUUUAUAUAUGCCGAUAGAUUGUCUUAGCGGCGAUGAGUAUACGGUCUGGAUCGCUCAGACUGUUUACAUGGAGGCUUUCCCACCGCCGGCGACAUGUCGAGCAAUCUCGACGGCUAUGUUUCCCUAUCUACGGUACGGGAUAGUUCGGUUGAUUUGGGGGAAGCCCAGUUGCGGAGGAUGUGUAGCUAGCGGUGGAGACUGCGCCCUUGUGAGUUCUGCGAGCCCGGACGUUGGAUGCUUUAAUGUUCCAAGCAAUGGUUAG